CUCUUCGGAGAAGGAAAAACUCAGUUUGCUCACCGCCCAAGUGGCAGUCGUAAUCUGGCUUGAACAAAGUUCACCUCCCAAAGUCUCGCCGCCCAAGUGGCAGUCGCGAAGCACUUUGUCAUUUUUCACCUCAGACACCUGCCGCUCAAGUGGCAGUCGCAAAAGUAGCCUGUCAAUUUACUUGAGGUAUUAA